AUGAUGGACGCCUCGUCGUUCCCUUUACUUUGUCUACCCAUCAAAGCGAUUCACAACUCACUGAGAUGCAUGGAGCCGAAAGAUAUAAUCAACAUCUCCUUCUGCUCCAACUCCACCAAGCACCACGUGAAGUCUCUCAACAUCAAGCCCCUCGAAUGUUUCAUUUGUAUCGACCAAGUCGUUCAAAUCCAAGUUCUCAUUAAGCCAUGUCGUAUCUUUCACAGUUUCCUCAUCCCAGAUACAUCGGAAAUCAAAAGUUUCUGGGAUCACAUAGUAUAUCUCUUUGGUAAUCCAAGAAUUGACAUUUAUAUUCACUCAACUCUGAUGGAUUUCGAUUCAAUGUGUGUGAUUUUUGAGGGAUUGAAUAUCAACUGUCUCUAUGUGCACCCGGAAGAUAUGGACUACGGUUUCUAUAAGAAAGUUUUGAACCAGUUCUCGAAACUUGCUAAGCAGCUAGACUUAUCAAGCAGUCUGCAUCCAAUGGGAGACUUCCAUGAUGUUCUAAUUCAAAACUAUGACUAUAUCACCAUCGAACCAAUGGCUGACCUCAAAAUUGAUGACUUGCUAAUCAUGAACAGUUUAUCUAUCUAUGUGAUGGAUUCCCAACUAACCGAUAAAGAUAUCAACAGAUUUCUAAAACAUUGGAUCAUGGGAGGAAACCCCAGACUGGAACACAUUUACAUCGAAUUUCAACGGAGAUCCAACGAGGAAGUGUUCAAAGGAAUAAAGCGUCGAAUGGUAUCACCUAGACGUUUCGAAGGGUUUAUUGGAGGUGCAAGAGAGCGGAGAGUCGUAGAAUUGACUGAUGGAAUUGAGAUAUGGAACGAGAAGGGAACUAAGAAGGCCACUAUUAAGUUUAAACGUACUACUGUGAAAAUGUUUGUGUGGCAUUGA